AUGGCGACUGCGAUGGUGCUUGACCCGAAAGAGCCACCGGCAACCCGUAUCGACGCUUUCUCUUCGGAUUCGUCGUCAUCCUAUGCAUCCGAUACCGAGGAGGAUCUUUACACGCGCUUGAAAUCCCUACAACGGCAGCUCGAAUUCAUUGAAAUCCAAGAGGAGUAUGUCAAGGACGAGCUCAAGAAUCUCCGCCGCGAGCACUUGCGGGCCCAGGAGGAGGUCAAGAGGAUCCAAUCGGUGCCGCUCGUUAUCGGUCAGUUCAUGGAGAUGAUAGAUCAGAACAACGGAAUCGUGGGUUCAACCACCGGGUCUAAUUAUUAUGUGAGGAUUCUCAGUACAAUUAAUCGUGAGCUGCUUAAGCCCUCCGCCUCUGUCGCUCUCCACCGCCACUCCAAUGCCCUAGUUGACGUUUUGCCCCCUGAAGCCGACUCCAGUAUCUCGCUCCUCAGCCAGUCGGAGAGGCCUGAUGUUACUUAUACUGAUAUUGGAGGAUGUGACAUCCAGAAGCAGGAAAUUCGGGAGGCUGUUGAGCUGCCUUUGACUCACCAUGAUCUGUACAAGCAGAUUGGUAUUGAUCCGCCACGAGGUGUCUUGCUCUAUGGUCCUCCUGGAACUGGGAAAACCAUGCUUGCUAAGGCUGUGGCUCAUCACACUACGGCGGCCUUCAUUAGAGUUGUUGGUUCCGAGUUCGUUCAGAAGUAUUUGGGUGAGGGUCCACGAAUGGUUCGUGAUGUUUUCCGUCUUGCUAAAGAAAAUGCCCCCGCAAUCAUAUUUAUUGAUGAGGUAGAUGCAAUUGCUACUGCCAGGUUUGAUGCCCAGACUGGGGCUGAUAGAGAGGUUCAGCGGAUUCUAAUGGAAUUGCUUAAUCAGAUGGAUGGGUUUGACCAGACCGUGAAUGUGAAGGUUAUAAUGGCAACUAAUCGCGCUGAUACGUUGGACCCUGCGCUUCUACGUCCUGGAAGGCUCGAUAGGAAGAUUGAGUUUCCGUUGCCUGAUAGACGUCAGAAGAGACUUGUGUUUCAGGUCUGUACCGCCAAAAUGAAUUUGGGUGAUGAGGUUGACCUAGAGGACUAUGUUUCACGACCAGAUAAAAUAAGUGCUGCUGAGAUUGCAGCCAUCUGUCAGGAAGCAGGAAUGCAUGCAGUGCGCAAGAAUCGCUAUGUCAUUCUUCCAAAGGACUUUGAGAAGGGAUAUAGAGCCAACGUAAAGAAGCCCGACACUGACUUCGAGUUCUAUAAGUAA